AUGCCACUAAAACUAUCACCGGCAUGGUUCCCUAACCAAGGCAAGACAAUGGGUCCCAAUGCGGAGGGAAUCCACUCAGAGGCAUAUGGGAGUGCGCCUUGUACGAAAGGAUAUCAGAAAACUACCAAGCUAGCUACAGGGGCGAGUCAUGGUCGGGGCCGAUACGGGGACCCUUCGGAUAGGAUCCGAGCGACCCGAGAUGGAACGAUUCGUAGAAUCGUUACAUAUCCAAAGGUUCCGCGUAUGUGCCUGUAA